AUGAGACGCAAGAGUGGCGAUCCUAAGCAACAGCCAGAGGCUAAUGUCACCUCUACCGUGGCCCUUACUCGGCCUAGGAACUGUGGUAUCUGCAAGGCCCAGGAUCAUCCGACCUACUCCUGCCCCAACAAGAAGUUCUCGGAAGGUUGCUACUGGUGCGGCAAGACCGGUCACUUGGCUAGAGAUUGUUACCAGAACCCGAAUAAGGGUCAUAGCUUCGAUUUGCUAGGAGCUGUCGCCCUUACUCUGUCCUUGUACGAUUCGACUAACUUAGAUAGUCCUUGUUUACCGGAGGCAGACCCCCCGCCGCCGGGUCCGGACCUCCCUCCUGAUAUCGUGGUACCUAUGGUAUUUUUGGUGGUGAAGGCUUGUGUUCACCCUAUCCUUCUAGGACACAUUUUUGACGGGAACGGUAUGAGACCAGAUCCGACUAAGGUAGAGGCGAUCUUGAGAUGGCCUCGCCCUGGUAAUGUUGCAGAAAUAAGGUCCUUUUUGGGUCUCGCCGGCUACUACCGUAACUUCGUCCCUAACUUCUCGGACGUGGCACGACCAAUUCAACGGCUGGUGUCGGAGGUCGGAAGUGAAACUUUGGCUUUGGAUACCUACUGGGGACAAGAGCAAGAGGAGUCCUUCCGGGCCCUCAAGCUUCGUCUCGCAGCCCUGCCCUUCCUCGCUUACCCCGAUUUUGGUAUUCCCUUCGAGCUCUAUACUGACGCAAGCGACUAUGCCAUUGGAGCUGUCCUUAUGCAAGAAGGAAGGCCCUUAGGAUUUUUCAGCAGGACGUUAACGGGCUCCCAGCUCAAUUGGCAUACCUAUGAGAAGGAGGCGUACGGUAUCCUACAAGCCCUGAUUUACUUCCAACACUACCAUAUCGGUUACCCUUUGACGGUUACGGUAUAUACAGAUCAUGAGCCCCUGACUUGGCUAGCUAAGGCCGGCUCAAAGAAGCUGGAGCGAUGGCUUUUGGCCAUGCAGGCGUAUUCCUUCAUAGUGAAAUAUGUACCAGGUAAGAAAAAUGUGUGUGCUGAUGCUCUGUCCAGGAUACGCCAGCUCGACGACGAUACCCUACCGAUGGAACCGAUGGAGUCAGAGCCUAUCAUGGCGAAGCCAGCCAAGGACGUUGACACUACCCGUGCCCUUGUAUCUGUUGUAGCCGCUCGUCGACAAUUAGCCGCUUGUAUAACAGCAUUGUCGGCACGGUGGUCGAUCGACGAUAUAAGGCGAGAGCAGGAUAGUGACGAUGUCACAAGGAAGGUAAAGGAACGUCUUUCGGACCCGUUGCCUUUACGUAGGACCGAGUUGACCGACCUCGCCUUCCGCCCUUACAAGCAGCUGUGGGAUCAACUGGAUGUUCUAGAUGGCCUACUGAUACGCCGUCGCAAGUUCGAUAACGAACGAGAACCCCGGUUCCUACCAGUGAUACCACCUGCCUUGAGAUCUGAUGUUGUGGAUGCCUACCACAAGGAAGACGGUCACUUCGCCGUACGCAAGACUCUCGACAAGCUCAAGUUGCAUGCCUAUUGGCCCGGGAUGGGCACAGACCUCCUCAACCACGAGAAGACAUGCCCUAGAUGUACUCAGGUCAAGGCAACGGUACCUCGAGCCCCCUUAGGAUUUAUGCCUAUCGGCAAACCCUGGGACUUAAUUGCUAUCGACCACUUGAAGGUGCCCCCCAAUGACGAUAAUAUUCGUUCACUAUUGGUUGUCCAAGAUUAUUUCACACGGUGGGCUACGGCCAUACCGGUGAAGUCCGAGGAUACCACAGAAGUGAUUAGAGCCCUGUUAGGUCUUUUUAGCAUCUUCGGGCCCCCUGGUCGUGUGCAUAGUGACCAAGGCCCUGCGUUUGAGUCGAAUGCCCUUAGGAUUGUCCUUGAGCGUUUAGGAGUUGAGAAAAGCCAUACCACACCGUAUCACCCCUCGGGUGACGGCUUGGUUGAGCGCUUUAACCGAUCACUGAUUGGCCUCCUCCGUACUCAUGUGACCGACUCUCACCAAUGGCCUAUGUACCUUCCUUCUUUAUUGUGGCACUACAACAGUUCUGUUCACUCAGCGACUAGGUUCGCCCCGUUCACAUUAAUGUUCGGUCGUGAACCGAAGUCUGUCUUUUUGCCAUCGUUGCAGGCCCUUGACCAGUUCUCUUUCGACCCAUUCGGGUAUAACGAGUACGUCAAGGCCCUCUCGAUCCACCUCGAGGAUCUUGUUGACCUCACCCAUGCCUCCGCCUCUGCUGCAGCCCAAGCUUACUACGACAAGAAGGCCACGGCUCGUCAAUUCUAUGUUGGACAACGUGUACUGGUACGACGUCUUGGCCCUCAAACCGGAAAUAAGCUUGAACCUAAGUGGAGCCCCGGUUGGUUUGUGGUCGGUCAGAUGCCUGGCCAAGAGAACAAGGUUCUCAAGCUCAAGCACCAAGAGACGCUUCAAGUUCGUGUUCUGUCAGCUGAUUACGUCGCUAUCGACCCUCUUCAGCCAGACGCCGUUCCUGACGCCCUUGGUAUUAUGCGACAAGAUCCACUACUACGUGCUGGAUCGCCCUUACCCGACCCCGAUCUCAACAACGCCCCCGGUCCUGAACCCCCUGUACGACCCGAUGUCAUUACAGACAAUGUGAGUCCAGGAGAUGGUUACCCUAUGGACCCCCUGGCCGGCCCUGAGAUACCCCCUGACCCCGAUGCUUUAUUAUGGAUUGAAGUCGACUUCCCACAACCACAACCACGAAACUCAAGACAAGAACCCCUGUCGGAAACGAUAAGUACGGCGACCCCGGAUGAUGUCCCUACUGGGCCCAGUGGUGAACCUCAUCCACCAGAAGAGGGAAGUGCAGGCGAUCUCGACGGACGCGUUGAGACCUCGCCAGCCCCAACCCCUUCUAGUCCUUCAUGCCUACGAACCGACGACAACACCGACAACAGCGAGUUUCAAUCGGUACCUCCUCCAGGUUCCUCGUCAGCUGUCCCAACGCUCCCUACGCCACCACCCCAUGAAGAAACGGCUGAGACUUCGGAAACGGCCGAAGUUCCUGAAACGGCCGUCCCUUCCGAAACGGCUGGUCGACCCCUAGGACGUGGACACCCUACUAUUUUUGGCGUUGUGGCUCAAGUCGACGACAACGACUGGCCCUUGGAAGAGAGGCUACGUCGCUUUCACCGCAAGUACAGGUUAGGCCCUAUCAAGAACUCUCUACCCAGGCCCUUGUUGCUCGACCCUGAGGAGUACAACAAUAAAACCACGGCUCACGACCGCCACAACGUCGCCCUUAGUGUUCAUGUGGGACUGUCCGCUUUUGCAAACCCUGCACUGCGUGACAAGCCCUCGACUACAGCCCAGCUCCGUAGAUCCCGAGCUGCCUUUGGCAGUCAGUGGCCUACGUUGCCCGACGAUUCAUUUUGGGGUCUCAAACCCAUCUAUAUGGUCGAGAGUGUGCCUUUCGUCCUAGCAGUUCACGGCAACCAAGCGGUCCUCAACUGUCCACCCCGCUCCGUAUGGUUCCCUGACGCCUGCGAUCUAGACACUUAUUCGACCCAAGUUCUACCCUCUACCUUAUGGAAUUGUCUCGCUACUGCCCUGGUCUUCCCUGAGGAGAACGCCUUCUACUGCUGUGCUUGUGUCGCGCUCAAGAGUCUGGGUCGUACCACAGCGCAGAAGCGUGACAGAAAGGACAUAAACGAUGCCUUGAAGGCCGCCCUUGAAGUUGGUAUUUUCGACUCUGACACGAUACCUGCGAACGCCCUAUACGACGCGGCUGACUUCGAUUACGACCGUCUGCUGAGGGAAUUCGCGUCUCAUGUCAAAGGAGGCGGGAAUCACCACGGUCAAGCCUUCGAUAUGCCUGGUCCUUACGCCUUUCCGUUGCUAAUGUGGGAUGAUGUCUUUCUCGCUUACAAGGAUGUUGGUAAUCGGAAUUUACGAGUAAGUCAUCUGUUAGACCCGUUGAUAGACAUCCUCACUCCGCCUAGUGUGAUGAACAUUUUGAUAUCACUACGUGCGUGGAUUCGACUGCUCGUUGCCAAGUAUGGGAAUGAUAGCGUCGGUGCCCUAGUGGUCCCGGGUUCACAACGCUUGAUCGUUUAUGCGAUGCUGGCAAAUGAUUCUUACCCUAGUGCGAGUGGAGCGGAUCGUCCCUUCGUGUUGUUUCGGAACAGAUGUCCCUUUAAUUCUGCACUUGACGAAGCUCUGUUACAGCGAGAAGAGGCCCUGCGGGUCGAUCCCAAGGGUGCCAAUGACAUCCCCAACAACGGCUCCCGUCCGCCUCGUCCGUCGUAUCCUCCGCCUAUCAUUACUCAACCUCCCCGACCACCGACUAGACCACAAGCCGUUAGCGGUUCGUCCUCAUCAUAUGCCCCGACUUCGGCGCCACCGCGUAGUAUGCGUGAUCAAGCUGUGAUGACUGACGCCAUGGUUUCGGCACAUGCUGACGACUCGACUGCCCUUACUGCUAUCGAGACUACCAACAACUACUACGAUAACGACGCUGAUGAUGCUUCAAUUGACACCGACAACUCCUAUGGUCCCGGUCAACCAGAAGACGACGAGUCCUUACAAGAAUAUUUACACGGCCCUCGUCCAGCUUUCGACUACUUUGGAUUCUCUGUCGAAGCCCUUUUUCUCACAUUAGACGGAAGCACCGACUCCUUUGAGUUCCACCAUCACCACGACCCUUACCGCGUGUUCGAGCCUCGCCCGUGUCCAUUGGUUAGUAUUAUUCCCCACGCCGAUGUCGACAUGCAUGUCUCUUACCCCCACAAGGUGCGUGAUGCUACCGGUGCUCUCAAAGACCUCGGUUGGAUCGACGACUUCGACUUGGACCCAAACACUGACCCUCGUCCUUGGCAAUGGAGAAAUGAACUCGAUCUCCUGCAUUCUGUUGACGUCUGUUGUCACCUUGACGUCGACGAGGUUAGAGUGAUCGCUCACCCUACCUUAUGCGGUUUUGUGCCCUUCCGACGAGAUCUGGCUGGUUGUGUCGUCUUUGGUUCUGGACUCUUCUCGAGUGCCUCUACGGGUACUUGGUGGGUUCCUAAUGCCCUUGCUGUUUAUCGUUGGCUUAGGACUGUCCAGGUUGGUGCCCUUGCUAUAGCGGUGCACACAGAGCACCGCCGGGCCCUUGCCCAGCCCCGUAAUGAUUUUAAUAUUAUCUUUUGUUGCCGCAUGCACCUAGAACGUGCUUUGCCUGUCCUGAGAAAACAUGCUGUUCUGAGGCCCUUGCGAGAAGGAGGUGAACUAUUUUUUGGUAGAAGCCUAGCCGCUUUUACUAGUCAUGUUAUCGAGUCCCCUGAUCAAGGUGUUGGUGUCCUUAGAAGGCCUUCAUCUAUUACUGCGGCUGAAGCUGUUCUAUUGAGGUACACGAUGAUGCUGAGUCGUGGCACUGUUACUCGAUGUCACGGUACAUUCCCUAUGCCCUUGGGAUGGAGUUUCGAUCGCUCCCUGAUUAAGCCCUUCGAGAUUCAUGACGACGAAUGGUUUGACCAAUACCCUACUCGAGCAUGCUACGACAAUGCCCUUGGCAGCUCCUUUCGUGUUGCUCAUGAUCGGAACCUACGCCUCUACGAAGUUAGUAAACUCCUCAAAGAGGCGAGAAAGGAGGCAAGGGAAGAGAUUUCGGCGACAAAAUUUGGCACCUUUGUCGGCUCGCCCCCUACUGACUCCUCUGGUCUACCUGGGUGCGGAGGUACAAGUGGUAGUACUAUCUCUACUGAGAACACGCACACCACCGCGCGUGGUCAUCUCGCAGCCUAUGACCGACUCCUGCGGCAUGCAGGGAUUGCUGCUGGCUCACCGACCAGCUACUUUGUCUUAUUCUACUCGUUGGGCGAGUCUGUCCGGAAUCGCAUAGAAUGCGAGGAGCCUUUGGACGCUGUGCUGCUGAGCGUUCCAAUGGACAAGGUCCUGUUGCACUACCAAGAUCUCUACCAGAGACUCCGGCACAGAUUGCUGGAGUGUUUCUCCGAUGUAACAGAGGUCACUAACCUACGAAAGCUCUGGAACGACUUGAGGAUGCGUCCGGGUCAGUCAUUCUUGGCUUACUUGGCUCUGCUGGACAACUUGCGCCUGCAGCUGAACCUCUGUGGUGUGGUACUAAGCGAGUCCGAGAUCUGGGACAAGCUGACUCACUAUGCUCUUCCUCCGUUCGGCGAUAUGGCUCUCUUCUACAAGCUCUCGGGGACUACCCUAUCGGUUGCGAGAUCUCACAUGAUGUCGCGGGCCUCCCUUGCUGCCAGUGCCCCUCCAGGUCAUGGCCGUCUACAAGCAUCCUCGUUGGUUACAUUUGACCCUUCCCAACCUGGAGAUCUAGCUGGCGGCACCUCGCUCUUGGCUAGUGUACAAUCGGGAGCGGAAACUUCUACCACUGUUGCGAAAGCCGCCUCUUCGACGCAGCCCUCGACACGGGUACCCAACCUGCGCUUGCUGGGCUUUGACGUGUGUCGGCGGUGCUUUGCUACCGGCCAUCAAGCCCAGAGUUGCUCGAGUCCUAGCCCCGCUCUGAUGCAACAGCGUCGGUCACUUGAGCUAUGUGUGCCGAGGUCACGGGCUGUUGCACCGGCUUCUUCUGCCCCCGUCAGCACCGAGAAGAGCACGGCGUCGUCUGAGAACGCCACCUCCCCCGGCAGCCUCUCCUCUUUUAGCCGUACCCUCGGACACCGUUCUAGCCUCGCGUCGGACUCUCUUGCACCAGCUAUGGUCAGCUGGUUGGCUACAGUCAUCUGCCCUUCGGUGCUGCAUGGCCUGGAUUGCGACGAUGUUGCCCAUGAACCUCUCAAGGUCGACUUGGAUCUGACUCCUAUCGAGGGCCAAGGCCGUCCAUUGCGGGUAGCUACUAUGUUGGAUACCGGCGCGGCCAGAAGUUUCAUCUCGGUAGACUAUCGUUCCCGGUUACCUCCAGCUUUCGUCGGGGAGUCUCGCAAAGUAUGUGUCGCUGCCAUACUUGCUAAUGGGCAGGUUAUGUCAUGCACAGAAGCGGUGCAGAUAGCUGUCCACACACCUCAUGUGUCGCGGCCGACUUCCCUCUGGUGUCUUGUGGCCCCCCAGCUCUCUUGCCCUCUGAUUCUAGGUAUGGGUGCCUUAAGGUCUCUUAACCUUCUCGUAUACCUUGGUCGGGAUGGUAUCCUCCUAAAGUCCGGAGUUGAUUCUGCCAGAGUCCGCAGUGCGUCCCUCGGUACAGUCGCUAGGUGCCAAGACGCUGGUAUACAAACGGAGUCAACUGACCUCGGCUGUAUCACUAGUGGGCAGUCAGACGACGACAUUGAUGUGACCUCUUUGAACGCGGGUCUAUUCCAUGAGUUUUGGGGUGGCCGACCUUCUCCAGAAGAACUUCUAGACUUCCAGCUAUGCUCGAUUACUUCGCCGGUUGCAGACUCCCAUCCUCCACCCGGGGUUAGUCCGCUGUUUCGUGGCCAUACCCCGUCAUCACACUGUUAUAGGGAUGGGGUGACAAGGAUGGCCUUACGAUACACGUACGGAGUCCCUUGGCUAAGCGACGUGAGAAUGCCUGCGCUAACACCAAGCCUACUGCAGCGCCACCUUUCUAGAGAUGUCGGUUUGGUCAAGCGGCUCAAAUCUCAGGGACUGUAUUCAGAGUAUGCAGCUGUGUUCCAGAGGUAUCUAGAUACUGGUGCUAUCUUUGCGGUCCCUCCAUCGGAUUACGGUAUGAUCCUUUCUGUAAUCCCUCACUUCCCGGUAAUAGCGCCUGGUUCUGUAUCGACGAAAGUUCGGCCGGUUCUUAACGGAGUGGUCUACCGGGGCAUCAUUGGCAGCGGAAGGGAGGCCUUGCCAGCUCGCAAGAAAUACUUCAACGGCACCUUACCUGCGCUCUUUACAUUUAGGGGCUUCGCAGCGGUAGCGACCAUUGACCUCACUAUGGCGUUCUAUCAACUAAUGAAUGAUCCCAGUUCCCGGUAUCUCUUCUGCGUGGUCUUCGACUCGGUGGUCUACAGGCUUCGGGGGCCUCCCAUGGGAGCCCCACAUGCUCCUUUUUGCCUUGAGGAUGCCAUGAAGCGCCUCCGGGUCCUUGCUAGCCAUAAACUUCCUUCUUGGGUUCUACAGCUCAUCGACUCUGCCAUUGCGGGAAACAAGCCCCGACCCGUGCACUAUGAGCCAUACAUGGAUGAUAUAAUCUGUGGUGCCGCUGCGAUGGACUUGUUACUGUUGAUGAUCGACGCUCUGUUAUUAGCGGCUGACCUCCGGGGGUUUUCUGCCCAACCUGCCAAGCGCCAAGUUGGAGCACCGGCCAAGGGUUCUGACCCUAAGAACGUCUUGGGAUGUCAGUGGUUCUCUGAUGACACCAUUGGCCCUCAGGCACCUCCUGUGACCUCCCUGCCUACGUUCGUCCUCUUGCCUGACGAGUAUGCAGUCGAUACGGGUUUCGGCCGGAAGAGCGUCUGCUCCACUACUCGGAGGGAUCUUCUGUCGGUCAUCAACUCCCACUACGAUCCUUUGGGUUUAUAUUCAAACUACAUCCUUUCGAUGCGAUUAUGUUUACGGGCCGAGCUGCAAAUCAACCCUAAUCUGGAUUCCUUUAUCACUGCUGAUACCUAUAUGAAGAUACGAGGAACCAUGGAGGCCUUCCGCGAGGCUCCUCGUAUUCCCCGCAUCAUCAGCCCUACUAUCGGAGAUGGCGAGCCCCUCUAUGUCUUCUGUGAUAGUUCAAUGGUGGCUACCGGUGUACUCAUAACUACUGCGAGCCUCAUCCCGGUCCGUGCUCACGCUCGCCUAAUUUCCUCCGAUAGAGCAUCCUGGACGAUUGUCAAGAAGGAACUGCUAUCAGUGUUGGAGGGAGUAGACCUGUUCUUCGAGACCUUGGACAUUCUGCACAACUCAUGGCUGCCUCAUGGCGCCAAGCCUGCCCUCCAUAUCUUCUCCGACAACGAAGCUAAUUGUUGGAGGAUUCGCCGUGCGCUCCGUCGCUUGAGACGUGAUGCCAGCGCAGUGGUGCGAUCCAAGGCUUCUGCCCUUGACGACGUGGAGUUUGUCAUUGGUGGUAAUUCAACGAGCCGUUGUGUCCCCGACUGCAGUCCUAAGGAGUCUUCUGUCGAUCCCAAAUUGCCACCUUGGGAAAGAAAAUCAGUGGACUCGAUUGCGAAGAGGUUGUUCGACUAUGGCCCGGGGGAGAUAUCCCACAUCCGCGGUGACAGAAAUCCCGCUGACAUGUACAGCAGAGGGCUUCAUGUAGAUGCUCUUCACUUGAAUGUUGACCUCAAGCGAUAUGUGCAAUCUUUGCUCCGUACUAGCGGCAGCUCGCUAGCUACAGUUACUUCCGGUGACUCUCCUGUGGGUGUACUGGAUGGUGCAUGUGCCACCGAUGCAUCUACGGGAAGUGAUGUUGAUGAGCCUUCCCCUGAUACUGCUCCGGUCCCGGUAGGGCCCGCAAAUGCUGCACCUUCCCCAGUCGACACCCCUCCUGCUGCUGACAGUCAUGUCGACCGUCAGUUGAUAGAAGAGAUGAUUAGUCGUCAAUCGGAAGACCCCCAGUUGAACAAUGCCCUACUCACUGGUAAAUUCGACACUGCCCGCGACAAGCGCAUGUUCUGUGUCAAAUCCAUCAACGGCAGAUCUGCGGUUUACCAUGUACCUACCGGCGCAGUAGUUGUGCCUGGUCAUCUUCGUAUGAGGGUGUUGCAGGAUCUCCAUUGCCUCUUCGGCCACAUAUCGUACUCUAAGUUGUAUCUGGCAGUAAGUGACCUAUUGUUCAUCGGCAAGUACAAGGAUUUCCGUCGAGUCCAACUACGGUGUCGUACCUGCCUUGCCAUGCGUGGCCACCGAGCCUUACACCAUCAAGCUGGCAGGCGUAAGCUUCUGAAAUCGGAGAAAGGCUGGGAAGUGGUGGGCCUCGACUUUGUGGGUCCCUACCGAUCCUUUGCUCAGACUGGGGAUCCCCGGUCGAUGGUCUUAGUGUGCGUGGAUUCCUUCAGCAACUUUGUUUGCUGUGAGCACUGUCCGGAAGGGGCUUCCGACGCCUCGACCUUGCAGGCCAUCCAAUCUAUAUGCUAUCGAACUGGUUUCCCGCUGGCUUUCGUGGUCGACUCUGAUUCCCGGUUCAAAAGCCGGUUGGUUACCAGUUGGCUGGAGGGCCACGGGGUCAAGCUCUUCCAUGUGGUUCCACAUUGUCACCGUUACUCUGGCUGGCAAGAAAUUAUCCACCGAUCGCUGUGGCGUGUGGUUAGGGCCUUGAUGUUGGACGACGCGUACUCCAAGCCUUGGUAUCUUUACAUGAAUAGAGCUGCCUACAUACUCAACAAUAUCACAAGGCCAACACCGGAUUGUAGCACUUUUGCCUCGAUGCUGCAUUUCUGCCAUGGAAGGCUAUUGCCCCCAAAAUUCUCAGAUCGCCAACCUUCGGAGUCUGCCAAAGAGUUUGCCAGCGGCCACUCUGGCACCGUUAUACCUACCAACGAUCGGGAGUUUGAUCAGUACUUGUAUGAACAUCAACUUCAAGCAGUAGACCUCUUCCAGCAUGUCAUUGCCGAGAACGUCUCUCGUGUUCUAUCAGCUCGGUCCUCUCUGGCAGGUCAACCUGUCACGAGAAGGAACCUUGAUCUACAGUUUAAGGUGGGUGACGUCGUCGUGAGGUUCAACCACAAUUCUAUGCACUAUAAGCUCGAGCCUGCAUGGCUUAUUGAUGACCUAUACCGGAUCGUGUCCAUUGAAUCAGGCCACGUAGCGGUGAUUGAAGGGAGGACUAAGCGGCGUGAGUUCCUCGGUAAUCUCAAGAAAGAUGUGGACAUUGUUAGCAAGCAGGCUUAUGAUGAGUUUAAGGCUCUUGGUGUUUCCGAAGAUGCGGCAGAAAAGGCUCGUUCUGCGGCUCGUGAUAGUGCUUUGGCUCAUAAUGAGUUGGUACAGGCUGCUAAGGCUUGCGGAUAUGGCUCUGGUGGUGGUGGUACUUCUUCGUCUUCGGCCCGUACACCUGAUGUUUCGGUCACUCCCAAUUCGUCAUCUACGGUUGUUCAGAUCGUGCAAUCACCUAUGCCCGAACGGUAUGACGGAAUCGCUGAUUUUGAGGAUUGGUUAAGGCGUUAUGAAGCUGACGCUAGAGGCUCUGGUUGGACUAAUCUCCAGAUAGCAGGGCGUCUUGGUAAUUAUCUUCGUGGUACCCAUUUUGAGGUCUGGCAUCAGAACUGUUCUAAGACAGAUUUCGAGGCUGACCGGAAGGCUCUGUUGGAUAUGUUUGCCUUAGUUCGGCCCGAUGAGAUUCUGCAUAAGUUCAACUCUCUGACUUGGGAUAGGUCUUCCCGUGUGGUCUCUUUUUUGACUACACUCCGACGAUAUAUGACUAAUUACAAUAAGACCUUACCCGAGGAUCAUAAGUUGUCUCAGACCCAUAUGGAUAAGAUGAUUAUGGAUAGAUUGAUUGCCAACGCUCCAGAUGGUGCCAAGUCUGUGCUUCGUCGACGUCAGCCUAAGACCAUUCAGGGUGUAUGUGAGAUCUUUGAAGAUUUUAAGGAGAAGUCUUCUUCUAAGGCUGCUGGUGCAUUGGCAACUGGUAUGCCCUAUGGGAAUAUUCCGAGUGAAGACCAUGUGACUAAGCUUAUUGACACGUUUAUGACCUCGCAGAAUGCCAUGGUUGGUUCUAUUACUAAACUCUUGGAUCAAGUCAAGGGUACUAAUGGGAACGGCCAAGGUCGUAUUUCUGGUCGCCGCCCUCAGAAGGGUAAGGGCAGGAAGCGUGAUCCUAAGUGUUAUUUAUGUGGUGGUGAUGGUCAUUGGGCCGUGGCUUGCCCUCAUAAGAAGCAUGAUCGUGGAUGCUUUGUGUGUGGCUCAGGCGACCAUUUGGCCCGAUCAUGUCCGCAAUUUUCAUCGUUCGUUGCCUCAAUUGCCAACAAGAAGUCUAAUGGUGUGUCGGGAAACUGUUAG